AUGUCAGGCGGAGGACAAUCUCUUGGAGGAAACCAGAACAGUGAGCGUCUACCCGCUGGAUGGGGCAGGCCAUCUGCACCUCGUGUGGGUCGGGUUGGAGACUGGAGUGGGACCAACAACUCUAGCAGGAACUCCUCAUCCUCAUCUCGGGGUGGAUUUGGAAAUCUUUCGAAUCUCCCUACAUCUGAUAGUGUCAGGAUGCCAGGAGGACCACAGGACAACGACGACAAUGACGACGAGAACAAAGAGGGUGAGAACUGGUUUGCAGGUGGCGAACGGAGUGGUAUUUCAGUGCAGAACCCUAACUCUACCAGUGCUCGUCCUGGUGGGCGCCUCGUGAGAGAUAUCUUGAGGCAGGCUGCAGAGGGUGGGAUGGCACCUCUACCUGGUGCCCGGAGAGCAGCUGGACCUUUCAGUGGCGGCGGGCAUACACUCGGAAGUGACGAAGUGGAGAGCUCAUACGUGCCAGAUCCGACUGCAGAAGAUGAUGAAGAUGACAUCGUUGUUCGGCACCUGCAUCUUUGGAGAGACGGGUUCAGCCUCGAGGAUGGACCACUGAUGCGAUAUGACGAACCCGGUAAUCAGGAGCUUUUGAGGUCCAUCCAGCAAGGUACCGCGCCCAUAUCAUUCAUGAACGUCACACCUGGGCAACGUGUCAACCUCAACGUGGCAACCCGGCUUAGCGAGGAAUAUGUGCCCCCCAAGAGGGGAAACUUUUCAGGAUCUGGACAGAGGCUUGGUGCACCAACUCCUGCUGUUACUACCUCCGGUGCAGCACCUUUGAUGCCAGGAUCAUUCCCGUCUGGCAGCAGCAGUGCCGCUAGUUCCAGUGCCGGCGCCGAGAGGCACAAUAUUAACACCCGCUUCGAGGUCGACCAAACACAGCCUACUACGAGCGUGCAGAUCCGUCUGGCAGAUGGCACGCGUAUGCCGUGCAGGAUGAACCUCACGCAUACCGUUGGUGAUCUUCGCUCGUUCAUCAAUGCUUCCCGUCCCGAGAAUUUGUCACGCCCGUAUACGAUUGGAACGACAUUCCCUAAUCGUACCUUGGAAGAUGACACUCAAACAAUCGAAGGUGCUGGACUAGCUAACAGUGUCGUUGUUCAACGUGCGUACGACGUACUGCCCGUUGGUCUUGGACAAACACAACUAACAACCCACAGCCCAAUCAUGGCGCCGUUCACAAAACCCGAGGCCGUGCUCAAGCAAGCAGAGGGCCUCGUCUCUGUUGGUCAGUCUCAUGCGGCUCUUCAGUCGCUCGUAGAGAUGUUCUCUUCAAAACGCUUCCGCUCGACACCACUCGCUACGCUCGAGCCAAUCGUGAUCCGCUUCGUCGAGCUUUGCGUCGAUAUGCGUAAAGGCCGUACUGCCAAAGAGGGCCUCAUGCAAUACAAGAACAUCGCCCAAAAUUCGAGCGUUGGAAGCAUCGAAGUUGUCAUUAACCGUUUUAUUCAGCUCUCAGAUGCAAAAGUCCAUGAGGCGCAGGAGAAAGCAGACAAAGUCACCGGACCUGUUGAUGUCGACGAUCUUGAGGCAAGCGAAACGCCUGAAAGCAUUCUCCUCGGCGCGGUUAGCGGUGAUCAGAGCAAGGACCGCACGGAUCGUGCACUCGUCACACCCUGGCUCAAAUUCCUGUGGGAGAGCUAUCGUACAUCACUCGAGACUCUCAAGAAUAAUGCUCGGCUGGAGGUUAUCUAUCAGCAAGUUGCACAGCAAGCUUUCCGUUUCUGCCUAAAACACCAACGGAAAGUCGAGUUCCGGAGACUUUGUGAAACUCUCCGACUGCACCUUUCUAAUGUCGCAAAAUAUGCGCAUCAAACACAUGCUAUCAACCUAUCGGAUGCGGAGACACUGCAACAUCAUCUCGACACCCGGUUCGCUCAGCUCAAUACUUCCGUCGAACUCGAGCUUUGGCAGGAGGCAUUCCGCAGUGUCGAAGAUGUACACAAUCUACUCACAAUGGCAAAAAAGGCUCCCCGUCCGGCGAUGAUGGCAAACUAUUAUGAAAAGUUGACUAAGAUUUUCUUGAUGAGCGGAAAUGCUCUCUAUCAUGCUGCUGCAUGGGGUCGGUAUCACGCAAUUGUUACUAGCAUUGGGGGAAAGAGCGAAGAAGAGAUGACAAAACUCGCCGGCCAGGUACUAGUCAGUGCCUUGGCCGUCCCUGUUGGUCUACAGGUUGAAGAUGAGGAUGGCAAGAGUAAAACGUCGCGCCUCACUGCUCUUCUUGGUCUCACCAGAGCACCCACUCGCGCCGGGCUGAUCAAAGAUGCCCUUUCCCGUGACGUCCUCCAUCUUUCCCCAGCACCCAUCAAGUCUCUGUACAUGCUCCUCGAAGCUUCAUUCGAUCCCCUGACGCUUUGCUCCUCCACCGCCCCGCUUCUCGCAGAACUGUGUGCUCCAGAUACACCAUACUUCGGCUACCGCUCCCUCCUGGAACGUGCACUGCUCUCCCGCCUGCUUGCACAACUUUCUCAAGUUUAUUCCACCCUCAGCAUCGCCUCGCUCCUCGAACUCGUCACACCCCUCGAGGGGCUCGGUCCAGAGCAGGUUGAGGCGUUCCUCAUGGGCUGUGCACGCCGUGGUGAGCGCAACGUAUAUGUCGACCACGCCACUGGCACAAUCACCUUCAUCGACGAGGGUUUCGUAGUCAGCUCAGAGGACCCCAUCCCGUCUACGAGCACCAACACAGAGGCAAGUGUCCAGCCCGGCACCGCAGAGCUUGUGCGCACACGGCUGAGCACGCUUGCGGUGACACUGCACAAUUCCCUUGCAGUUCUGUACCCUCCGCCCCAACUUUCUCCUGAGGAAGAAGAAGCUGCGCAACAUGCCAAGUUUGCGGAGCUUGUUGCGGCUGCGAACGCCGAGCGGCAUGCGCUGUCGCUCCGUCGUGCACUCGUUGCGCGUCGCCGCGAGCUCCUCUCUGAGCUCUCUGCUCGCAAGGAGAAGGAGGAGGCCAGCCGUCGUGCAGAAACGACGCGGCGCGAGAAGGAUGAAGAAGUGCGACGCGCCAAGCUCGAGAUGGCAAAGAAGGAGCGGGAACGCGCACAGAAAGAGGUGGAUUCUAUUCGUGCAGAGGAAGCCAAGAAGCUCGCACAGACGCUGAUCAAGAAGGGCAACCUGAAAGUGUCGGUGGACGAAAUGGAAGAUCUAUCGACAGAUUCACUCAUGCGCAUGCAAGUCGAGCAGCUCGAACGCGAGAAGAAAGAGCUCAAUCAGCGUUUGCGCACCGCUGCCAAGCGAAUCGACCACAUCGAGCGUGCGUACCGCAAGGAAGAGCGACCGCUCCUUGCAGAGGACUACGCGGAACAGCAAACCACCGACCGCACAAUCUUCGAAACGCUUCAGCGCUCACGUAUUGAGGGCGCUCGCCAGGCAUUCCAGGAGGACAUGACUUCCAAGAAACGCUUGAGCCGUAUGACGCAGGAUUAUCAACAAAGGAAGGAGUUCAUCAUUGCACAGCGGAGUGAAGAGCACACAGGCAAGCUCGCGGAGUCACGCAGGAGAAUUGAGGAGGAGAAGGAGAAGAUGCGGGCUGCACAUCAGAAGAUGAAAGACAAGGAAGAGCAAGAGCGUCUUGACGCUGAGAGAAUUCGCAGAGAACGGGAGGAAGAAGAGGCUCGAUUAGAAGCUGAGCGGCGCGCAGCCGAGGAAGAGGCCGAGGCCAAGGAACGGGAAGAGAAAGAGAAAGCCGCCGAAGUACGCAGGAAACGGGAAGAGGAGCGUGCCAAAACUCAAGAGGAGGCAAGGAAACGUGCCGAACGCGAGGCUGAGGCUGAAGCACAUGCUGCUCAACGCCGCGCAGAGCAGCGUAGCCAAGUAGCAGCGCAACCAGCGCAGCCCCAAGGGACUUGGCGGCGUGGAGGAGCGCCUUCUGCACCCACACGUGUUACCGCUGCUGUAUCCACACCACCACGGGUUGAAAGCCCUCUGCCCUCUGCCCCUGCUCCUUCUACCACAGGCGCAUACCGACCUGGUGCAUUUAGUGGUGCCGCCGGAGGCUGGAGAGAUCGCCAAGCGAAAGCUCCGGCUGCCGCACCCGCUCGGACUGCAUCUCCUGUCCCUCCUACCCCUCUCACAUCUCGUAACGCCCCACUGCCUGAACCCAGGAAGAAUGAUGAUGGAUUCGAGACUGUUCAGGAGAAGAAGGUGUGGAAAUCCCGGAGAGUCCAGGGCCAGGCAUAG